UAUUUGAUCAGCUACCGACCUAAAUCCAAAAUUUAUUUGUUCCUUAACGAUGGAUGUUCCCAGACCCCAGUUGGCAGAAAUAGAUUUGCUCAAGGAAUCCAAUCCCCAAAGUCGUAACCAAAUCGACUUUUAACAGUUCUUGAGAUUUCGACAUUGCGUAUAUACGAUGAUUAAUAACGUUGAAGUGGACAAAUUUCUGGUCCUUCCUCGCCUCCUUUCUCUCCGGUAACUCCGAAUCCCAAGUCCAAAAGCCACAAGGGAUUCAUUCCACACUACAAAUUCUCCUCUGUUUUUUUUUCCUGUCCACGUUUUUCAUUUCUUUAUUUCGUUUUUAGGCCCCUCCAUAAUUAAACCGCCAAAUCAAAAUCAUUGCCUUCAUAAAUCUUCCUCAUUUCCCCACCCGAAGAGGUUCUUCAAGUUCUCCAUACAAAGAUUCACUUUUUGUACCCAACAUAUUCCUUUUUCCUCUGCUUCUUUUUGUUCUUUCUGUCUUGUUUAUCAGAGGACAACAGAAGAAUCCCAAUCCCUUCUACUUUUUCUAAUACGGCUCAAUCAUGAGAUGAUCCAUUCCCAAGUUAAGAAACUUCUAAUCACUCCUGGCAACCGGUCAUGACAACUGAUACUACGGCCCCUAGUUAUUGGCUUAACUGGAGGUUCUUCCUAUGCGCAAUAUGGAUACUAAUAUCAAUGACAGUCGCGGCAAUCGUCAUUUGGAGAUAUGAAGGUUCUAGCAAGUCAAAUGCCGAGCAAAAGGUUGGAGAUUUGUAUGAAGAUGAAGCUUGGAGAACCUCUUCGAAAAGGAUACAUCCUGUUUGGCUGCUUGCUUACAGAGUGUUUGGUUUCAGUAUACUUUUAGCUGCACUUAUUGAGGAUAUUGUUCUCCACACAGCCCGCAUAUUUUACUUCUAUACUGAGUAAGAUAACAUUUGGAUUGAUCUCCAUUGCUGGUACCUAUUCUUCUAAAAAAAAAAGGUGAUUCUGCGGAAUUUCCUGAAAGUUUUUGGUUGCUAAUACUCCUUUAUGAGUACCACUAAUGUCUUCAAAAAAUGUUUGAUUAAAAUGGUAUGAACUGAUAUUUUAGUACUGCUUGGCAUUUUUUUUUCUUUUUUCUUGGUCAAUCAUGCACUGUUUGUGUAGUGGGAUAAAACCUUCCCAAUUUGUUUUCAAAAUGUGUUUUUCUCAAGCGCCCUGUCUUGUAGAAUUCUGUUUGUAGAUUAGAAGCCCAAAGUUUUGAAUCAUAUGCAAUAGUAGGCGAGUAUGUGAUGUCUGAUUUGUUUCUUCUACUUUAAUGCUUGUGUUCUUUUUUUGCUGCAGGUGGACAUUUAUUUUGGUGACAGUAUACUUUGCGUUGGCAUCUAUUUUCUCCCUAGAUGGAUGUCUAAACAAAUGCAAAGACGUUCGUGCAGCCGAUUGUGUUGAACUAGAUGCAGAGCGAGGUAGUUAUGUGGCCCCAACACCAGAAGAGAAUGGAAAUACGCCCAGCAUUCCCUCACAGUCAAAUACACAUGAAAAACUCCUUAAUCGUAAACGCGCUGGUAUACGGGGUUAUAUAUUUCAGAUAAUGUUCCAGACUACUGCAGGUGCUGUGGUGCUCACUGAUGUCGUGUUCUGGCUCAUUCUCUAUCCAUUUCUCACUUCCAAAGAUUACAAACUAAACUUUAUGAAAGUUUGCAUGCAUUCACUCAACGCCAUCAUCCUCCUGGGCGAAGUGGCUUUGAACAACAUGAGGUUUCCAUUCUUCAGAGUGGCGUAUUUUAUCUUAUGGACGUCCACAUUCGUCAUUUUCCAAUGGAUUGUUCAUGCUUGUGUUUCAUUAUGGUGGCCUUACCCUUUUCUGGAUCUGUCUUCUCCAUAUGCACCCGCAUGGUAUGUUGCAGUCGGGGUGCUUACCAUUCCAUGUUACAGCGUCUUUGCUCUCAUAAUCAGGAUCAAGAAGUGUUGUUGUUCAAGAGGUUAAGAGGGCAAAAUGCAAUAUGAGAAUGCAUGAAAGAAAAUCACCAUCCAUAGGCUGUGCCCUCAGUAUUCAACCAGGUUAAGGAAGCCAGUAGUUUCUAGUCGGAUAAAGGGAAGCUAUAUCCUACAAAUUUUUGCAAUGGGGUGGUCAGAGGAUUCCUGGCAACAUCAAUGUUCAAAAAAAAAAAAAAAUGUAGCUUCUUUCGGGAAUUAAACAAUUCUUGUGGGAAUUGGGGACAUAAAUGAGAAAGAUUUCAUUAGCAUUUUUUAUACAUUCGAAUUUAAUGUCGUUCCCACUUAUUUCAUUUCACAUCUGCAAGACAAGCCAGAUAAUAAAGGCAAAACAAGCCAGAAAGAAGGCCCCUUAGAAAGAAGCCAGAUAAUAAGGCAAAACAUUUUUAUCUACACUUAAUGACUUACAUUUCCAAACCACAAACAUCAAAAGGCAGGCCCUUUAGAUUUGUAGUUCGGAAAGAUAAUAAGGAAGUACUCUGGAACAUAUAAAUCAUAUCUACAGCAGUUUUAUCACCAGAUAAUGAAAAUAUUGUUUGGAAUCAGACUGACGUGCAAAUUGAUAAUUCAGCACAAACCCAAUAAAUGGGACCUCUGAUGUAUCGAUUAAUUGUCUCAUCACCUUCCAAACCAAUCAAAAAGAAGAAUACAGAAGUUCAAAUCACCAAUUGAGAGAGAGAACAUACAAGUAAAAAAUUUCUACUCGUCCUUUUGGGUUGAAAGCAACAAAACCACACGAAUCAAAUAUACUAAUUUGAAAAACCUAAUCAGGCAAAAGCUGUCGGAGAGAAGAAAGAAAAAAAUUGCUACUUCGGAGGCGGCGCCGCUUAAUCCAGCGGCUCAAACGGACUCUACAAAAUAGCGAUUGCAGAUCCCAACUUGUGAGAUUCUAGAGCCUCUGCAAAAAGGCAGCGCUGCCAAUCGGUAAGG